CACCCGGACAAACGCAUGCUUAUCCCUCUGCCGUAAACCCGACGUAGCAUGACGUAAACCCGAUUUGUAUCCGUGUUGUCAAGAGAAGUAAGACUGUUAAUGAAUAAUGCCGUUUAUAUCCUAUACCGCGGUAGAGUUCGUGUUUGAAAUGUGUUAAUAGUCGUGCUGGCUGCGUCUCCAGUCGAGCCGGUGCAGUUUAACAACAUGGUGGACGUCGUGUAGGCUUUUUGAGGAGCCAGAAGAUGAGUUGAUCCCCAGCAAAACAAGCUCGAAAAUGGCAACAUACAACGCAGAAGUCGGUGCAGGACAAUCUGUUGUGGUGGAGGUGAGCCCAGACAUCCACAUCUGUGGCUUCUGCAAGCAGCAGUAUAAUAAUUUUGAGAUCUUUCUCGCCCAUAAGCAAAAUGGAUGCUCCCUAGCGACCUCUGACCCACCAUCCACCACUGCAGCAGCCACGCUCACAGGUCAGAUGAAUGAUUCCGCCACCGAGUUUGUUUUCGAGGAAACCUACCAGACCUGUGUUAUGAGAGGUGUCAAAAAGAUCCUGACCAAAGCACAGAAAACACCUUCCAAAAAAUUAAAACCUUCCCUGACUUCAAAGAGACACAGCUGCUGUUUCUCAGGUUGCACUUUUAAGACGCAAUAUGGCCAAAAAGACAUGGAGCGGCAUCUCAAAACCCACACCGGUGAGAAGCCAUUUGAAUGUGAGCUGUGCCACAAGCGCUUCAGUCGCCGGGACAAGCUCAACAUGCACAGCCGCUCGCACACAGGGGAGAAGCCGCACAAGUGUAAACACUGUCCCUACGCGGCGGCCGACAGCAGCAGUUUGAAGAAGCACCUGCGUAUCCACUAUGACGAAAGGCCGUUUAAAUGCCAGAUCUGUCCGUACGCCAGCCGCAACUCCAGCCAACUCACCGUCCACCUCCGCUCGCACACUGGGGAUGCACCUUUCCAGUGCCAGCUAUGUGACGCAAAGUUCAAAAUCAACUCGGACCUGAAGAGGCACGUCCGGAUUCACUCCGGCGAGAAGCCCUACAAGUGUGACUUUUGUGAGUACCGCUGCGCCAUGAAGGGCAACCUGAAAUCUCAUGUUCAGAUCAAACACGGCACGGAGAACUCCUUCCGCUGCGAGCACUGUGAUUUCCAGUGUGCCAGCAAGAAUGACCUGCGGCAACACACGCGAGAACACCAGCCCAUGCAGGCCAUCCAGUGUUCCGAGUGCACUUACUCCUGCGCCAGCAAGGGGGCGCUCAAAGUCCACGAGAGGAUCCACUCGGAGGAGCGCCCUUUCAAAUGUGACUUCUGCAACUUUGCCUCCAAGCAGCGCAGCAACCUCGUCAUCCACAAAAAGAAGUGCCACUCGGAUAGGCCUGAGAAGAAGGGCGGCUGCGGGAAAGGCGGCAGAGGUGGAGGGACGAGCGGAGGAGGAGGGGACUCUCCGAAGCCUGUCGCCUCCAGAUUUCGGGCCAAACUAGAAGCGGCUCGAGCGUUCUGCUGUGACUCGUGCGACGCUUCCUUUGUGAGGGAAGACUCCCUGCGGAGCCACAAGAAGCAGCACAGAGACGCUCAGAACACGUUGCAACUCCAGCUCUCCGCCCCGGCCGAUGCGGUCAGCUUGGUCGCAACGUCGCAGAGCAGCAGCAGCAGCAGCGCCCGGCUGGAAGUUCCUAUCUCGGCUGACUCGAUGGCUCCUUACAGCAGCGCGCAGCUCAAAAUCAUCGUCUCUCACCCUCUGGGCCAGGAGAACCGCUUAAUUCCAGCUGGUGUGGAUGGUCAGCAUAAGACCAACAUGGUCCUGUUAAGCCCAGAGAACCAGGACAUGGUAGUCAACUCCAUGAUCCAACAGGUCAACCUGCUGGCGCCUGUGCAAGCCCUCGGGUCGUCCCAGAUGCCAGAAGGUACUCUCGAACCCCAGACGGUCCUGUUGACGCAGCUCGGCCCCGGCGACGGCAACGACCCGCUCCACCAGGCCCUGCUAGGGACGGCCGUAAGCGCUCAGGACCCCGGCAGGGGCUCGCAGACUUUCAUCACGACCUGCUCCGAGCUGGGGGGCCUCAACGCCCUGAUCCAGGAGGGUGGCACGGAGGUGACAGUGGUGACGGAAGGGAACGCCGCCAUGUUGACCGCAGCGGCCGCGCCCGGCAUGGCGUGCGGCCCAUCGGAGGACGUGUCCAAGCCGGCAGGGACAGUGAUGGUGGUGGAGAGCGCCUUGUCCUGUGAGGAAAGUGCCAUGCUGGUGCCAAAUAUCAGCCUGGGCAGCCAGAAUGUGGUCAUCCACGCUGUUCCACUGAUAGUGUCCACUCAGCAACAGCUCUCUCCUCACACACUCUACUCAGAUACACACACACUGGAAGGCAUCCCGCAGUGAGUGGAGGCUUCGACGGCUUUUUCUGAACAUAGAAAGACUGUUAACUGCAUCAUGGGUAGGGUUGGGUAUCGUUUGGGUUUUGUUUUACGAUACUGGUAGCCCGGUUGAGACCAGACCCUUCUCAGCUGGGUCUGGGGAAGGUUCAUUCACAGCCCAUUUCCAAAGCUCGAAUGCCUCUGGGCGCAAUUGGAUAGACCUAAAAAACCAAUCCGAGCGAUGAACGUCGCUGCGCUAUCGUCAUCGUGUAAAGCCCGCCUCAACGGUUGUGAUUGGUGCCUCGAUUUGGAAAAGUUCGUCAGGGUUUUCCCAGGCUACGGUACCGGUGAUAAAACUUAACCGAUGAAAAAAAGAGCACAAAACGACAGUUGGUGACGUUUAAAGAAUGGCUUGUUUAUGUGCCAUAUGGUCACAUUUCAAUGAUGUGUUUUAAAAUGUAAUAACGGUAACUUAUAACAAUAACUCAUUUCACCAAUCAAAUGCUGUUAUACAGCAAAAAGAAGAACCACUAGAUCGCAAAAGGGUAUUUUACAACAACAUUGAAUGAACCAUGAUCUUACAAAGUGCAGUUGAAGGCACCAUUAAGUCCCGUAGGUGUUGUUUCUCUGACAGCGUCUGGUGUCUCUAAGGUCAGCUAGUCUCCUCUGUGUCUUUAGCUGCAGACUGUUGGACUUCAAGGUGUUAGAAUCCUUUCGACUGAAAUACAGCCACACAUAAGACCGUUGAAAUAAAAACUAAAGCCAUCAAGAAAAACAAAAACUAAACUGAAACCGUAUUGCCAGGUUAAAAAAACUAAUCAAAAUAAGAUCAAAAUGAAUCCUUUCAGUUUAUAGUUUUUCGCAGAAACCGAACCGAGUUGACAUUGACAUUCCAGGAGAUGGGGCGGUGCUGUAAUCUCUUCACUGAAUCGGACACUGAAGUAGCACAAAGUUGAAACAAUAAACAUCAAGGCUAUUCCUAUACAGCACCAACCAUGUAUUCUGUAUGUAUAUAUAGCUACAUACUUCUGAGACAUUAUAUAUUAGACCUAAGAAAAACUAACUGAAACUACUGUAAAACUAAAUAUAUCAAAACUACAACUGAAUCAAAACUAAAACUAGACUAAAAUGAAACUGAAAAUUCAAAACUAACGACCAUGCAACACAUGCAGUGAUGCUUCUGGUGCCUGUAACCAUAGGCGGGGUUAUAAUAAUCAAAACUGGGCUUUUUUUUCAAAGUUUUUGUUGAGUUUUUGUCACCUAUUAAACCUAUUAAAAAAAUGUCCAUUUUUGGGGAGUUUU